CCGAAUGUCCAUGGCAUGUUUAACUUAAUCGAAAAUGGAUUUAUCGACUUGCAAAAAAUACAAUUUGCUUACUAGGACUAUUUUCGGAAUAACAAUAAGCCGUUCUAGAAAUAUUCGCUGCUGCAGAGUGGAGUUUGGAAUCUUAUAUUGGCUUACAAACAAGCAAGUGUGAUUUUUUUAAAUACAAUAAACAGGGGAACUUAAAAGCUGGCUGGCAACGUAUAUCGGCCAAUGCAGAGAAAAUGGCUAAUUUCCGGAUUACACAUCGAUCGCUGUUCGAGUUUUGACCUUGUCUGGAACACGACUGUUCAUAAAGACUGUAAACAUUUGUUUUAUGUUCUACAAUUAUUAAUUAUUCAAAAAGAAGUUUAUUAGCACUGCUGUGGUAAUAAUGUGCCUUAGUACGCUUACAGAAAUUAUUACAGCUAUUUGAACCAAGAGAAGAAAUCAGACGCAUUCCGUCGUAUAGCUAGAAUUAUACCACCUGAACUAUUGAUGAUCUCUGCGCUAAAGUCAAGAUACGGCGGAUUAAAUUCGAAAUCAGACGCAUUCCGCCGUAUAACUGGAAUUAUACCACCUUAGCGUUUGAUGAUCUCUGAGCAAAAGCCCAGAUUCAGUGGAUUAAAUUCGAAAUCAGUAGCAUUUCGUCGCACAACUGGAAAUGUACCACCUUGAAUUUUGGUGAUCUCUGGGCAAAAGUCCAAAUUCAGCGAUUACAUUCGGCUAUAAGUGGCCCGGUGUUUUUACAUUGACGGAUUAACGGUGUAAAACAAACAUUUACCUGUUUAAAAACGUAAAUAUUAAAAAAAAAUAUGGAUCUUUUUACGGCUAUUUCAAAUGGAAAAGUGCGACAUAUCACUCAGUUGUUACAAGAAAGUGAUGGCAGUUUAGAGGCACGUUUGUACGACGGAAAAACGCCCUUAAUUUAUACAGUAUGUGACGGAAAUGAGGACGUUAGAACACACGUUGUGCGCAUGCUCCUACGUAAAGGCGCUGACGUUAACGCUCGGGACAAAAGCGGACGUACAGCGUUAAUGUACGCGACCAUGGACGUUGACAAAAUUGACCUUGUGCGGGUGUUGUCACGUUGCAAAUUGUGUGACGUCAACGCUCAAGACAAGGACGGAAACACGGCUAUUAUUCAUGCCGUUAUGUGUGCAAAUUCGUCAGCAAUUAGAAUUCUUGUGAAUGCUACUGCAACUAAAUCCUCUAUGGAUCUAGAACUUCGGAAUAAACACGGAUUGACAGCCUUGGAUGCCGCAGUAAAGCUGCAAAUGACGGAAUGUUGCAGAAUAUUAGUUUGUGAAGGAGGGGCCGACAAAAAACGCGUCUCUAAUCAAACCGGUCUUAAACGACUUAUGGAAGAUGAAAAUCUUCUAAAUCGAACGAACAAUCCUCAUUCUAGAAAUCCAUCAAGGACCGCCCUUGUAAACCGGUUAUUGGCUUCUCCAAUACCGGAAGACAAACAAUUUGAAGGCUCGUACAUGUCACGUGACACUACUCCGAAUUAUGUUGACGAUUUUCCGGAGCGACAUACAUUGCUCAAUAAUUUGUCUCGUUCUAAUAGCCUGCACCGUUCAAACAGCAAUUUGUACAAACGCAGACCGGAAGCGGGCAGUAGACAAUCAAUUAACUCAAUAGGAAGUGAUUUAUUUAGCAUUUUAGACUCUCAGAAAAAUCUGAAACGUGUGCUUACGCCAAUAUCUGGCCGACAUAUGAAUGUUACCCCGGAAACUACCGAGGAUAAAUCUAUGGGGCGAACGAGGCUACCAAGUAUUCCGAGCGGAAGAAAACUUUACCUUGUGCAACAAAAUAACAAACUUGACCAUUUGUAGCGUAGCAAAUCUAAGAUCGAUGUUAUCUGAAGACAUAGUUUCGUCAUAAGUGCUAUUGAUAUUUUUUGUUUUGUUUACAUGAAAUAUUUCAUUUAAAAUAAAAAUAGUGUUGUUCUAUUACAAUCAGUGUGUGUCUUACCUUAAACAUAUUUUAUUGCCUUUUUUACUUUCAACAUAAUCGGUAUUUACAACAAUAAUAUAGAGUAUACAAAAAGCAAAUGGGUUGGACACAAGUUCUAACAACAUUAGUAACGUCUUCCCCAUGUUAUAAAACACGUCAUAAAUGCUACCUCGGAAGGCAAUAUUUUGCUUCAAAUGAAGACUUAAAACAAAGGUUACUUUACUUUUUAUUCAUCAUAUUAAUGCACCAGUCAAUUGUAACCACGGCCGCCAGGUCCGGGGGUAUACCGGGGAUAGCUGGGAAAAUGGGCCGUGUUUUUACCUUCCAGGUGGCCCCGCAGUGCCGGGUGAAUGCGGUGGUUUUGUCUUCGCGUCAAUUAUAGCGGGGAAUGGGCUUUACCUAGGGUCCCUGGGGUGCGGGAGCAUUUGGCAGGGAUUUACCAUCUAUUCGUCCCCGCAAGGCGGGGAUUUUACUCGGGUUUGGCUGGAUCAAAAGUCAAAGUCCCCGCUCCUCUCCGGACCUGGGGGCCGUGGUUAUAACUGACUGGUGCAUAAAUGAAAAAAGGCGCGGUAAACGCCGCUUACAUAGCCCUGCCUUCAGUCUUUUACUAUAUUUUGAUUGAGAAGUACGUUUUUUUAAAACACUUCGACAAACCUUGUCACAAACCCCGCCUGAUGCCAAAACACUGUCAAAACGUUAUUUUGGAAACAUGUUUGUCGAAGUGUUUGAGGAAAGUAAUCACCUAAUCUAAUUCCUGUAAUAAAACGAAGGCGGGGGGAUCUUUAGGCGGCGUAGACUACCUUUUGUUUAGGUGACAUAGACUGGCUUUUGUUUAGGUGGCAUACACUGCCUUAAUUUUGUUUCAUUUAAAAUGGUGUAGAAAAAGAAGUUAUCUUUGUUUUAACUUUUAAGUCAUCUUUCGAAGCAAAAUUUUGUCUACUUACGUAGCGAGUGUGACGUAAUUUGUCACGCGGUAUACACACACUGAAUAUGCGUUUUAGGA